ACAAAGCAAAAAUCUCAAUUACAUAUAUAACUUAGAAACAAAGAAAAAAUCGAAAGCAAAAAUGAAGUUCAUGGCAGUAAUGGUCAUUACAUUAGUGAUUGUCUCCAUGUCAUCUCCUAGAGGUUUCAAUGGAGUAGUUGCACAAUCUUGUGUUCCAACGGACCUGAUGCCAUGCCUACCGGCAGUGACCGGAGGAAACCAACCGGCUAAAGAAUGUUGCGACAAACUAACCGAACAAAAGUCAUGUUUGUGUGGUUAUAUGAAAAACCCAUUAUAUAGUGUUUUUGUUAGCAGUCCAUUUGCUCCCAAAGUUUUAGAAACUUGUAAUAUUCCUAAGCCUACUUGUUGAUAGCAUAUAAUGUAUUUUUAAAACAUAUAUAUUAAUAAUAAUAAACAAAUUUAUAUCAAAA